CAUGGCGGAGCUUUGCUCGCACUAGUCCGCGUCGCGCCGCGCCAGCAGACAGGCGAGCAGGCAGGCAGGCGAGCUCCGGAGCCUGGGAAUAAAAAAAAAAAAACCCACACACGCACACAUAGCCACCAUCACCACGACGAAACGAGAAAAACAACCAACGUCGCCGUCCGCUCUCCACGUUGUUUCAUUCGCAGCGAGGUAGGGCAGUUGAGUGAAUUUCUCCAUGAAUGUACGUCACAAUGAUGAUGACAGACCAGAUUCCACUGGACUUGGCUCCGCCGCCUCUCCUGAACGGGGAGGUCCCGCUCAUGCCGCACAUGGUUAACGGUGAUGCAGCGCAGCAGGUUAUCCUGGUGCAGGUGAACCCGGGGGAGACGUUCACCAUCCGGGCGGAGGACGGCUCGCUGCAAUGCAUCCAGGGUCCCGCCGAGGUCCCCAUGAUGUCCCCCAACGGCUCCAUCCCGCCCAUCCACGUGCCACCAGGAUACAUCUCACAGGUCCUGGAAGAUACCACCGGGGUCCGCCGGGUAGUGGUGACCCCCCAGUCUCCGGAGUGCUACCCCCCCUCCUACUCCCCCGCUUUGUCGCCCACACACCACCUGCCCCCCUACCUGGCCCACCCGCACUUCAUCCCCAACUCCCACUCCUUCUACCCGCCCGUCAGCCCCGGCGAGCUGACUCACCACCAGUACUACCAGCACCACCUCCCCCCCAUGUAUGGCGACCCAGAAAUCAUCCCGGUGUACGGCAUGUCCAACUUCAUCCGGGAGGAGACGUACGGAAAGCCGCAACCCAAAAAGAUCAAGGAACAGAGGCAACUGGAGCGACAGAACCGGCUCAACUCGCCGCCCUCCACGCUCCAUAAAGGCAGCCUGGGGCCGGCCCAUAACGGUUACAGCGGCAAGUCCCACGCGCCGUCACUGGGCUCAGGAGUCGGCAGUCCGGGCGGCAAGAAACCGGACAGGCGACUUCGCAGCAGUCCGCGCAACGGUGAAGCCGAGGCGCACACGCAAGAUCAUGACUCAGAGACGAAACGCAUUCAAGACGUGCUCUCUACAAUCGACAAACCACAGGUGUCCAACCUGCAGGCCCGAGCCGUGCGCCUGUCUUGGGCGCCCCCUACAGGCCUGGCGAGCCGACACAGCAACGGCAUGCCCGUGUCGUGCUCCUACGAGGUGUCCCUCUCAGAUAAAGGCCGCGACGGGAAAUUCCGCCUCAUUUACAGUGGCGAAGAACUGGAGUAUCAUCUCAAAGAUCUAAGGCCGGCAACCGAGUACCACGUACGGGUGUGCGCCACGUACAACUCUGUCCGCGGCUCGUGCUCCGAGGCGUGCGCGUUCACCACGCACUGCAGCGUCAGCGUUCCCGACGUCCCGCUCGCCCCCAAACUUUCCCACCGUACCAAAAGCACCCUCUCUUUACAGUGGAAGCUGCCCAACGAAAACGGACCCAAAAUCACAAACUACCUGCUGGAAUGGGAUGAGGGAAAGAAGAACAGCGUUUUCCGGGAAUGUUACUUCGGGAGCCAGCGACAUUGUAGACUGACACGUCUGUUCCCUGCCUGCGCUUAUACCUUCAGGGUGGCGGCACACAACGACAUCGGCACCAGCGGCUUCAGCCCUGAGGCGGUGUUCUACACCAUGGGCACACUGCCCGCGCUGCCUCUGGCGCCGCGUCUGGUUCGGGCCGGCGUGUCCUGGGUCACCCUGGAGUGGGGGCGACCCGAGGGCAGCUCCGGCGAGGAGCAGCUCAAAUAUACCCUGGAGAUCCAGGAGGACAACAGCGGAGCUGACUUUCACCCGAAGUACACUGGAGAAAACCUGACCUGUACUGUACAAGGCCUGAAGAGGAGCACGCAGUAUAAAUUCAGGCUGAUUGCGUCAAACGUGGAAGGCAAGAGCAGUCCCAGCGAGGUGCUGGUGUGCACCACCAAUCCCGACAAGCCGGGCCCGCCGUCCACGCCGUGCGUCGUGGCGUCCACGCCUUACGCCCUCACCGUCACAUGGGAUCCCCCGCAGGACAACGGCGGCUCUGAAGCGCUCACGUAUUUGUUGGAGAUUAGCGAGGGAUGCUCGGAAGCCAACCAAUGGGAGGUGGCGUACAGCGGGCCGGCCACAGACUGCGUGUGCGACCGCCUGGCGCCGGGGAGCAUGUACCGCCUGCGCGUCUGCAGCAUCACCACCGGGGGGCACAGUCCGUGCACUGUUGGCUUGCCGGUGCGCACGUUAAGCGUUCCGCCAGGGCCGUGCCAACCGCCGAGGAUUGUGGGUAAAGCCAAACACAAGGAGGUGCAGUUCGAAUGGGACUCCCCCGCCGUUGACGGUGCCAGCGAGGCGUUCACAUUCAGCCUGGAGAUGAGCGAAGGAGAUGCUCAGCCGGCUGAAGUGUUCCACGGGCCGGAGCUGCAGUGCACCGUGGGAAGUCUGCUCCCCGGCGCCACCUACAGUUUCCGGCUGAGGGCUGCCAAUGAGGCUGGGUAUGGCGAGUACUCCCAGCCUACGGUGGUCACGACACUAGCAGGUCCUCCAGGCCAGUGUGGGGCGCCGGUCAUCGUUCUUACCAGUAACACCUGCGUGUCGCUCAACUGGGAGAGUCCCGAGGGUUCGGGCAGCGACAUCUCCGAGUACAUUCUGGAGUGGGGCCGGGAAGACGAGCCCACGGAGCUCAUCUACUGCGGCUCGGCCACGCAGUGCGAAGUGUCCGAUCUCACGCCGGCCACCAGCUACUGCUGCAGGUUACAGGCUGUCAAUCAGGCGGGGGCGGGGCCUCACAGCCAGCAGGUCAGUUUCCAGACACCGGCGACCGUUCCCGACAUGGUGUCCUCGCUCAGCCUCCUGGACCUGCCGGCCUCCUCGGAGCCUGGUCAGUCGCGCUCCACCUGUCUCCUCCUCAAGUGGGAGGAGCCAAACUGCAACGGGGUGGAAAUCACCUCGUAUAUCAUCUCUCUGGAUGAGCGGAGCAUCACGGUGGAGCCGGCGACCAGUCAUUUGGUUAGCGGUCUGCAGCCAGACAGCGAGUACAGCGUUCACAUCCAGGCGGUGAAUUCCAUCGGCUGCGGCCCGUCCAGCCCGCCCCUGCUGGCGAGGACGCGGCCACUCCCGCCGGCCCCGCCCCCUCUGGAAUGCACCGCCUCCGGGCCGCAGAGCGUCAAGCUGAAGUGGGGCGAGAACGCCAGCAACCUUCGCUCCUCCCUGCUGGCCGAAGACGUGUACUACACGCUGCAGAUGGAGGACAAAAACCACAGGUUUGUGACCAUCUACCGGGGCCCCAGUCACACCUACAAGGUCCAGCGGCUGACCGAGUCCAGCAGCUACAACUUCAGAAUACAGGCCAUCAACGACGCCGGCGAGGGCCCCUUCUCCAACUGCUACACCUUCUGCACCACCAAGUCUGUCCCUCCUGCCCUUAAAGCGCCGAGGGUGCACCAGCUGGACGGGAACGUGUGCGAAGUCACGUGGGAGUCCAUCCCACCCAUGAGAGGGGACACCGUGAGCUACGUGCUGCAGGUGUUGGUGGGCCGCGAGUCCGAAUACAAGCAGGUGUUUAAGGGCGAGGAGAGCACCUUCCAGAUCUCUAGCCUGCAGGCCAACAUUGACUACCGCUUUCGUGUGGGCGCCUGCCGCCGCUGCCAGGACUCGUGCCAGGAACUGUGCGGCCCGCUCAGCCCCUCAUCCCAUUUCACGCUGCGGCGCCAGGAGGCCUCAGGGGCCGGCGGAGCGGCGGGAGGCGGAGCCUGCGCCGCCUCGGCCGGCCCCGGCCGAGGCGCGGCGGCGAGCCUGAUGUCCAGCGACGAGCGUUUCGCCGCGCUCAUCGUGUGCGUCUUCGCCGGUCUCUCCAUCCUCAUCGCCUGCAUUCUGCAGUACUUUUUGAUGAAGUGAGGGAAUCCUUUUUUUUUUUUUUUGUUACAACAGGAUAGAAAGAGAAAGCAAAACCCAAGAGAAACGUUUUGUAACAGAUUGUCAAGAGAAACACUUGAGACACUCUUCUCCUCCUCAAGGCUUUUAUUUCAGUGUUUGCUUUUUGUAGCCGAGCUGUACCUCCACGCUGAGGGCAAAAAAAAAAAAAAAAAAAAAAAAAAUCAUCCACAAGCCUUAAAAUAGCUGUGAGCAGUCGCUCAGACUGACUUGCGUUUUUUUUUUUUUUUAUAUUCGAUUAGAGGACGUGUAUAUUUCCUGGUCAUUGCCUUCAUCUUGUUUUCUUUGUUUUGUUCGCUGCAGUCUUUAUCCACUCAGCCAUAUUCUAAUGUAAGCAUUCAAAGCUUUAGCCGCGCAUAGUGGAUGACACACACACACACACACACACAUGCGCGUGUCGACAAUGACUCAACCGGUGUCAUGUGCGCAACCGCUCCGCUUCUUAACGCUCGCCAAAGUGAUGCAAUCCACGUGUGAUGUAAGAUGCUGCUAUCCUGUGAUAUGUUUUUUUUUUUUGGGGUAGGAUUGAAAACCAGUUAUCUAAUAUAAAAUAGAAAUAUAUAUAUAUAGACAGAAGUACACACACACAUAAAUAAUCCCCAAGUGCGUUGAAAGCCAAGGCGUCAGCAGGUUGGACGUGCUGGAUCAAAUCGGGAAGCCAAUCGGGGCAUUAAAACUGGAUCGCAGCUUACCGGCCUUGUAGUCCCCCUUUCACGCAGACAUCCUGCGAAAUUAGCCCACCAUAACACCGCUUUUGCCUUUUACAGGGAAUCGAGAAUCUCAAUGACAUGCUUUGCACAUAACUCUCCAAUUUCCCAGUCUGCUUUUACCCCACUGUGAAAUUCCUGGCAGUGUGAAACCCACUUUCACACAGAGACCCAGCAAAAUGAUGGCAUCGUAACACAUUUAUUCCGCCUUUGCCUUUCACACGAAACCCAGCGAAGAUCAUUCCCUGGGGUUUUCGCAUUUUCACACACAGCUCCUGCAAAAUUGGCGCAUCAGAGCCAAUGCCUUACACACACAACCCAGUGAAGACAAUUCCCUCGUUGCAGGGAAACGGUUCGGGUCGAUGUGAAGUGCCGCCUCUGUUAUGGCGCAGCGGGAUGAAAUUUCCACAGAUGAUGGGCGGUGUGAAAGUAAAUCCAUACAUUGGAACACUCCGCCCCUCAAUAUUCCGCCUCUAGUCUUUUUUUUUUUAUCCCACCUCUGAUACACUGGGCAUUCGGAACGCCGUCCCUCUAAUAAACACAAAGCCAAGGUACACAAUGAAAUGGAAUCCACACAUGAGGCCUCUUAACGUACCUCAGGGAAAUGAUAAAAAAUAGAAAAAGGUCCUUUAACUCUGUUGUUAGGUUGUUUUCACUGGAACAUCAAUAAUGUUCCUAGGUCAAUUUGACCCAGGCUAUUUUUAAGGAUAAAAAUGCAUCCCGAUAUAAUUCCAUUGCACAACCUUCCCUAAUGCCAAAACUCAUUUGUAGGUCAACUUAAAAAUAGCUCAAUUCCAACCUGGCCAUGUUGUUCCCGAAAGCAAUCCAAUAAACACGAGUAACGAUUUUAAUUGAUAAUGUCAAGCCAUUUUAAUUAGUGUUGACAAAAUAUUUGUACUCAAUUCAAAUUUAUCAUCGGUCAAUUUGACCUGAGCUAUGGCUAAAAGUCCCAAAUACAAUAAUAAAUUAUAACGCGUGAUUAACUUUUCAUUGCUAAUAUGUACAAAUGGAACAUUUUUAUAGUCAGUAGAAAAACACCUACUAAAUUGUAGUUCAUAUUAAAAAUGGCUCCGUUUGAUUUGUAGCUCUAACUUUUGUCGAAUUUUUGAUUUUAGUCAGUUUGAGCCACAACAUAACAGGAGAGUUAAAAGACCAUCCCACCUCUUUAAGUUAGCGCCGCCGCCGCCGCCUUCUCGUCUUCCUCUCCACUUUUUGCAUCUUGGUCCUCUUCAGAUGCUGUGCCUUGUCAGCAAGUCGUGUGGUUUACUCACCCAACAUUUUUUUUUUUUUUUUGCCAAAGUCAAUGGGAAAAUUAUGGUAGAUUCUUUUUCUAGUUUUAUUUAUACUAUAUAUUUGCAUACAGUACUUUACAAUGCCAAUUACAGUGCAAUCUUCAUUUAUUUAUUGUUUAAAAAGAUUAAGAGACAAGUGUAGUUAUAUACUAAUUAUUUUUUUUUCUUUCUUCCUCGUAGCAUGUUUUUUUCUAUGUUAGAAUGAUUUUUUUUUAAGGCCAGCAUUCCUUAUCUCUCAGUAACCCUUUUGAAUAUUUCACUUACAGAUGUUGGGAUUCCGCAGUUAUGAAACUUGUAACCAAAUACUUAUGUACUGUUUUGUCGUUAUUACUUUCAUCUCUCGUUUUGGGCGACGCUCGGCUGAGUUGUCAUCUGUUAAUGCUUCGAGAAAGACAUGUAGCAAAGACAAAUGUGCCUGCCUUAGGCUUUUUUUUUUGUUUGUUUUGUUAUUAUUAUGAAGCUUCUGAUAGUUUUUUUUUUUUUUUUUGCCAAAGUGCAGGCUUCACUCGAUGUACCGACCAAGGGUUCUGUGAUCAUCCGUAACGACACAGCAGCAUUACUAUUACUGAAAAGGACAAAAAAAAUUUUUACUUGAUCUGUGAUUAUGUUUUUUCAAUAUUGUUUUUCGGGGGGUUAGAAUAAAAUGUGCCAUUGUCCAAACAUGUCGCCCCCUAGAGGAGAGGAGGAUAAUCUCGUACCGGAAGUGACUGACAUAAAGACGAAUUUAAACAAUCGCACGAGCGCAGGCAGGCAAGUUUAUCGACCAGUUUUGUUCAGCGUAGCAAGUAGUAGUGUGUUUUGUAUCCAGUUUUUUUUUUUUUCUUGCUAAGACGAUAUACAGUACAGAGAUAUCUAUAGAGGUGAUAAGUACAUUUGAAGCACUUUUAUAUCACCACCACUUUUCUAUUGAUCUAAAACACUACUGCCGGGCUGUUGACGUUGGUCGCUGGCGUGUACCUUUUUUUGUCGCCGUGGCAACCCGUGUGGGGUUCACCUGUGCUAUUUAGAUGUUAACACAUGUUAGGGAUAUUGGGCUUUUGGAUGAAAUUUCAGGAUGAACCUUAAAUCCUCACCUUCCAAAGACUGCAGAAAAAUAAGACUGUUAUUUGUAGACUUUUUUUAAAUUCAUAAAAAGCCUGAUGAGAAUUUUAGGAGGUGGCCAGCAGCCCUGUAUCAACUAAAAUAGCUCCGCCCCUGUACGGAGUGGCCCAGAAGGCCAAUUUUAGCGUGAUUUUGGUUCAUCCUUAAAUUUCACGCAAUGUCUUUUUAGCCGAGUUCCAUCCCUAUUUUUUUCCUAUAUAUGUCCAAUCCGUAAACGGCCCUAUAACAUUUUUUUUAUUCCACUUCGAGAAACAUGAACAGACCCUCCCCAACUCACACAUACACACGCCUGUGCCUUGUGAUUUUAUAUUUUAUUUCAGUUGUAUGUUAUUUUUUUUACAGUGACUACACAUUUUUAUUUUGACUAAACAAUUGGCCACAGAGUGCGGAAACACUAAAGUGCAAACAAAUCAAAACAUGUAUUUUUUACCUCACGUUUUUAAGAGUGAACAUUCCAGGUUGUCAUGGUCUACGAAUUUGAGAUUUUUUUUUUUUUAAAAGAGAAAUUCAUGCAUUUCUUCUAGUAUUGUAAAUGUUAGACAAUUUCAUAUGCAUUAUAUUAAAAAAAAAAAAAGAAACUGCCAUAUCAAUUUUAAUGUAUAGAUUUUUUUUUGCAAAUACUACACUAUGUAUGUAAAACGUAACUGUAUCGGUAGCGUAUAUAUAAUAUAUUUAUGCCCAAUAAAUGUUUUAAAAAAUUUCUGA